AUGAAUUGGCAACGAUUUCAAACAUCAGCAAGUCUUGCUUUCCUUCGUACAUUAUUAUUCUGUGUUAAUGUUAUUUUUAUGUUUACUGGUGGAAUUUUAAUUUUACUUGGUAUUGCUAUACGAAGUCAUUUUCAAGAUUUUCUUGAUAUAACACCAGAUAUGAAUUCGACAUCACCAUAUAUUCUAAUUGGUCUUGGUGUUAUUAUCCUUUUAGUUGGUUUCUCAGCAUUUUGGUGUACAUUUAAAGGUCAUGUUACUCUAUUGUAUAUUUAUUCAGUCAUUAUUCUACUUGUACUAAUUGCGGAAGUUGUAUUAGCUGGUACAAUAUUCAUGAGAAAACGAACAUACGAACAGACAUUUAAAACAGUAGUAAGAAAAGUUAUGCAACAAUAUCCACGUAGACCAAUGAAAUCACAUAUUGAUCAUCUUCAACGAGGAUUACAAUGUUGUGGUAUUGAUUCGUAUGCAGAUUGGUUUGAAACGCCUUAUGGCGGUACACAUCAUCAAGUGCCACAAUCAUGUUGUAAACAAUUAUCUAAUCAUACAUGUAUGAGAACAGAUCUUGAAAAAGAAAAUCUUUUGAAUGAUAUUCAUACAAAUGGAUGUUAUUCAACAGUUAUUUUGGCAAUUAAAAGUAAUUAUCUAGUUUUCGGUGGUAUUAUUAUGACUAUUGCUUUAUUUCCAUUGACUGGUAUUAUUCUUGCUUGUUGUUUGGCUCAUCAAUUGAGUAAACAUCGUUACGAACGAGUUAAUUAA